GAAGAAAUAGAGUUUAGAACCGUCUGUUAUACGGUUGAUCAAUUUGCGGAUGCAACAAACUUUUGAUGUUCAACCGGCGUAAUGAUUGCAGGGGUGAAGAGGCCGAGGCUGUCGGCGACAGGGGAGGACGACAUCGAGGGAAACGAACAAGACUCAGAACCGAAACCACGGUCGCCUCUCCAAGAACAAGCCAUACCACUCACGCCACCCGAACACCCACGACCCUCUCUCCUCCAACCAAAGGAGGAAAGCAGUGAAAGCGACGGUGAAAUCGGCCCGGAAAAUCUUUCACUCCCGAAAGCUUACAGGGGAGACUCUCCUCCCGUCGUGGGGGUGAGCACAACGGCCUACCACUCCUAUUAUCCUUACACGCCACCGCCGCCCUCGGUCCACAGGUCACCCGUCGACAUCCUCCUCAGAGUGUUCCCCAACCGGAGAAGAGGAGACGUCGAAGCCGCUUUGCACAGGGCCAAAGGAGACGUCCUUCAGGCGAUCGAACUAAUGGUGUGCACUGAAGGGCAGAUGGAGGAGCCUGCUAGGUCUGCCUUUUCACCACUCGGGGUGAUGAGCAGAAGCAGAAGGUUCCUGAGCGGUGCACCCUACGGAGGCGGGGGUUACUUUCCAACUGUGAUCCGUCCCCAAUCCGAAUUCCACCCCCAUCCGACUCCGAUUUUCCCCCCGGAGAAGCCGGCCACUUCAUCCCCCGGUUCCGCCAGCGAUCGGACGUCCUAUUCCGAGUGAUCCAGACUAACCUCGCCCCCUUACUCCUCCUUCUACUUCCUCCCACCUUUCAUAAAUCCCUGAACGACCGAAAUUUUAUACGAUCUCUUGUCCUCGUUCUGUUGCUGACCACGCCAGCCCUUUUUUCCAUUGUUUUGGGUUUGUUAUUAUUUUAAAGAGAUUUUUGUACAGAU